AUGCCCCCCAUAGCCAUCGCCGCUCUCUUGGGCACGGCCAUUGCUGCCAACACUCCUGAGCAGUGUGCCGAGAAAUGCAACGCUCAGUGGUAUAAGUGCAAAACCGCUCCGAAUGCCAACCAGUCUUUCUGUGGCUCUCAGUAUGCCGGCUGCUUGGGAUACAACCCUUUCAAGAAUGGAUAUGAGGUGCCUACGGCGUGCUCGACCAAGAUCGCUGAGCGUGCUGCUCCUGCUCCUACCCAGGAUGCUUGUGCUAAGAAAUGCACUUCGGAAUACGAUGCUUGCCGCACAAAACCUGGUGCAAACAUGUCUUUGUGCGCUACCAACUACUCCGAGUGCCUUGGUUUCAUCCCAUUUCCCAACGGCAGCGGCGAGCCAUAUGUUACUCCUACAGCUUGCUCCAAGAGCGCCCCUUCUACCACCAAGGCCCCCUCUCAGUGUGCUGAGAAGUGCUUGAACGAGUUUUAUGCUUGUAAAACAAAGCCCAAUUCGAACCAGUCAUACUGCGCAUCCAUGAUCGCCGAGUGCCUUGGAUAUAACCCUUUCAAGAACGGUGGUCUCGAAACUCCUACAACCUGCGCCGGCGAUUCCAAGGCGACUUCCACGUCGACCGCCCAGGACGAGUGUGCCGAGAAGUGUGUCAGCCAAUUUUACACCUGCAAGACCAAACCCAACGCCAACCAGUCGUUCUGUGCUGUUCAGAUUAUCGAGUGUGUGGGAUACAACUCUUUCGACGAUGGACGCUUUGAGGUUCCUACCACAUGCAAGAAAAUCGCGGCUCGUGCUACACCUACCGCCGAUGCUUGUGCCCAGAAGUGUCUUGAUGAGUGGUACGCCUGCAAGAACGGUCCUGAUCCCAGUCAGUCUUACUGUGGUGCCACCCUGGCAAAGUGUGUCGGGUAUAAUCCUUUCGAGAAUGGCUCUGGACUCCCCACGACUUGCAAAAACAGUGAUUCCACUGCCACUGGCACAGCAGCUCAGACGAACAUGGCCUCUAGCACUUCUACCGUCGAUGCCUGUGCCAAGAAGUGUACUGAUGAAUGGAACGCCUGCCGAUCCAAGCCUGGUGCGAACCAGUCUCUCUGCGCUUCAGACUUUGGCAACUGUCUCGGAUAUGCCCCCUUCUCCGACCCAGCUCACUAUACGGCUCCCACGGCCUGUUCGAAGGACGGCGUUGUGACCAAGGCCACCAUGGCUGCUACCACCGAUUGCCCUUCCGAAACUUCUGCCGCUCCUCAGACCACCCAGGAUGCUUGUGCCAAGAAGUGCACCGACGAGUGGAACGCAUGCCGAUCUAAGCCUGGUGCCAAUCAGUCUCUUUGCGCCUCUGACUUUGGAAACUGCCUUGGCUAUGCUCCUUUCCUGGAGCCGGGCAAGUUUACCCCUCCCACUGCCUGCUCCAAGACUGGUGCUGGCACGACUUGGAUGCCUACUUCUACCAUGACCAGUCCUCCUGUUGUCACCGCCGCGGCUGGCCAUCUUGAACCUGCGAUUGUUUUGGCCGCACUUGGAGCUGCUGCUUUGCUGUAA